AUGGCUACAGCUGACGGCGGGGCCAAGCUUCAAAACGCUAUGAAAAUGGCUAAAGUAGCAAUACAGCUGGACGGAGAGAACAAACACAAGGAAGCUUACUGCGAAUACCUCCGGACGAUCAACUACAUAUCACAUGCACUUUUGGAGGAUGCUGGGUCGCAAGCCUCAGAGGACGGGGACGUGGUGGUGGUGGAGGUGGAGCGGAUGCUGAGGCUGGCUGAGCAGUGUCUGGAGCGAGCCAAGUCAUUCAUGGGGAAAAGAGCCGCCCCCAACCGCUCCGCCCCCGUCUCCGUUUCCUGUUCUCCUUCACCUGGCCAAUCUGAGCCUCAACAGAUCGCUCUCCUCCCAACUGCCAUUGCAGCAAACGCCGCCCCUCCAUCUGAUACUCCUGUUGACGCAGGGCGUAAAGCGACAGGCAGCCCGGCGAGGACAGGUCACCGCAGGGUGUUGUCAGAUGGCGGCGGGGAGCUCUCCCCCUUUCUGCCUCCUGAAGUCUUCCAGAGACUGCAAACAGUGGAGUCACAGGACACGGGAAAAAAGGAGCUGACGCCCAUUGAAGAAGCAUCACGUUUGAACCAGAAGUUGAAAGCCAAUUAUGAAGCUCGUCUGGCGAGGCUCGCACCUGGUCAGGCCAACCAGAAGACGUCUUUGACGCUUUCUCUCCAGCGGCAGAUGAUGGAGAACCUCAUCAUAGCCAAAGCCAGGCAGGAUGCUCUCCAGCGGAAGAUGGAGGAGAGAAGACUGAGGCUACAGGAGGAGGCCAACAGGAGAUUUGCAGCAUCUGGGGCGAUGACCACAGAAGAGCAAGAGCAGCGUAUUCUCUACACCAAUGUUCUGGAAUAUGAGCAAGACCAUGAAUGGCCCAAACUGUGGAAAGCCAACAUGAGGAAGAAUCCUGAUGAUGACACAUUGGUCUCAGGUCUAGUCUCCUACCUGCUCAGCCGGUCAGACCACCCAGUGGUGAAGCUGCUGAGGAGACACCAGUACCGGGUCUACAACAGGCUCUACCCCAUCGUCAGCAAAGGCCUCCUCCACAGUCCUGCCCUCCCGCUGAGGCAUUCUCGCAGCACCCACAACCUGCUUCACCCAGAGACCCAGACGAGGCCGACCAGGGGCAGCAGCGUCGGAUGCCAGAGCUUCAGCACGAGCUUCUCGCCCUCCCCCUCACGCUCUCAUGACCUCCACGCCGACUAUGACCACGACGAGGAAGGGGAGGAGCCACACGAGCAGGCGACGGUUGAUCGGGAGAAUUCGUUCGAGGAUCUGGAGCAGUUCUUGACCCAGUUGGACUGGGCCCCGCAGCACGGCUGCACUGACGACCCCAGCUCUGAUUCCGAGCUGACCUUCGACCCCUCCAUGCAGGACGAGGGCAAGGUGCAGGAGCUUGAGAUGAGGGCGCUGACGGAACACCUGAAGGCCGUUGUGAAAGACAUUCACAUUGCAAUUGAUCAGCUUCUGUCACUGUGUUUGCUCUCCUUUGAGAGUCUAAACACAGCCAGCUCUAAAGACCUGUGCCUCGCCAGCAUAGAGGAAGCCUUCUUCACGCCGCUGUGGGGCGCCCUGGUGGCUCUUUUUAGGAGGGUCCACAGGGAAAGGGAGCAGGCCUUCGAGGCGAGUAUGAAGUUGUACCAAGACGCUUCGCCAGCGGACGUCGGCGUCCCAUUGAAACUGUUCCCUGGAGAACCUGGCGCACUGCAGGGUUCCUACCCCUACGAGUCUGCUGUUCAGGAGCUGAAGCUUCUCAUCAAAGACUGCUGUCCGCAGAGGAAGCUGGAUUGUAUUGUACGGACAUUGCGGCUGAUCUGUGCCUGCGCUGAGGAUUACAGGUGUCUUCAUGAGGUGGACUCCACCCCGAAAACGGCUGCUAUCGGCGCAGAUGACCUGUUGCCCAUUCUGUCGUUCGUGGUUCUGCGGUGCCAGUGUCCUCAGCUGGUGUCUGAAUGCGCCGCUCUGGAGGAGUUCAUCCACGAAGGCUAUUUGAUAGGAGAGGAAGGCUACUGUCUGACCUCCCUGCAGAGUGCCUUGGCCUAUAUCGAGUCACUGCACACAGGAGGAGCUCAUCAUCCUGCAGACAACCCCUUUUGAAAAAGGCUUCUGCAGCCCUAUGAGAUCCUCCCCACAGCUCAUCCCGACUGAGCUAUAGAGACCAGAGCUGAACCUGCAGCUCCCUGCAAGUUGUGCAGACGCAUGUUAUCUUGUACACAUGGAGACAUACUGUACAUUUAACAAUAGGACUUCCUUUUGCUCUCUUUGCAACUGAGGACUAAACCCGUGCCUAUGAGUUGUUUCUAAACAAAUCAAGAACUGAGGUCUUCUCGGACCUCUAAGGAUGAAAAGCAUUUCUGAAUGAACUAGCACUGGAUUGUUAAAGGGACUGUAUGGGGUCGAGAUUGGUGUUGUCUUAGGGAACCUUUUGGAAGUGAAGCCAUUGAUACUAUGAAUGCUAACAGAGGAAUACCUUCAAUAUGGUUGAAUAAUGAGGGAAUAUAUUUUACAGGUCUUGCGCUUUUUUUUCUCUGAGUGAACAAGCCAACCACGCAUGUGGUCUUCAGACUAUGGUUAAAGCAUUUCAUUUUAUUAUACUGUACCCUGUGGCCCUUUUUCUUUUUGUAUUGCUAACAAACAAACAUGUAACUCAAAAUUUAGAUAGGUUGCAUUUUUGUGUGUGUGUGUGUGUUUUAUGUUUUUAAGACGGGUGGCAAAAUCCAUCCACAGACUAUGAAUAUGAAUUUAUGCACUUUAGGUGUUGAAGCGUUAACGUGUGAGGCUACACUGGAUGAUGACUUUCAGUUUAGACAGUAGAUCUAUUUGCAGACAGACUCGCCUCCAGGAGAGAGAGAGCGAUUUACAGAGAUGCCAUCUAACAAAAUGUGAGACACUGGAGGAGCACAGGAGUAACGGCAGGGGGGUGAAAAGUCCAUGUUGUAGUGUAUGUUGACUGUCACUGUUUGCAUGUAACAGCAUGUUGGUUCACAUUGAAAUGAUGUAUACAGGAAUAUGGUUAGGUAGUACUUAAUAUAGGUUGUAACACAGUUGCACUUUGUUAGUUAAUCCACUUUGUGUGUGAGAGUGUGUGUGAGUGAGUUGCUUGUAAGACAAUUUGCGAGCCAGGCCACAGGGUAACAAUCUUUUAGUGCCAGGAUUCGAAAUUAAAACAUAGUUAAAGAAAAGGUAACCUAAUUUUCUCAGCUUAUUUUAUACUUUUCACUCGUAUCCCAAUGCUUCCAUUGACAUCCACAGUUUACCAAAAUGAACAAACAUAGAAUGGGAACAAUGGUAACCUAUAUAUUUGGAAAUGGAUAAUCCACUUGUAGAUCUUGGGCCGCCUAGAAAAUAUCCAUAUUUUACUGAUAUUUGACAUUUUUGAAAUGCUUUUCUUUGGAGUCAUUUAAGCUGUUUUGUUUUAAAUGCAUGUAGACACCAAAGUGGAUAUUUACUUGAGAGGAUCUGGUAUUGCAUUAUUUUUUAGCCCGUUACCUGCAGAUCAUGUUUACUUGAGUGACCAAUUAUUCAUUAAUUAUGGUAUCCUCCAGUAGAUGACAGUCAGUGAUUUAAAUUCUACUUGAUGUGUAAUAAAUGGGUGGCUAAAAUAUGCAAAAAUAUGGUUUGGUUUGUGUUUAAAAGACCUGAAGCACACUUUCAUCCAGUGUCAAAUACUGAAAAACUACAGUUUUAUACAUUGUCAUUUUAUUAAGAUUAGUUUGUUUGCUGGUUUGAAUUUAAUAUUUUAUUUUUAUUUAGCAUGGGUCCAAAAUAUGUGAAAAUAUGUCUUAAAAACUGUUAUGGAUUUACUACUUAAUUUUUGUGACAUUAACACCAAAAACAGAUUUAUGUCUAUGUAAGAAAUCUCAAUGUAAUUAUAUUUAAAAUUAUAUUUUGCAAAGUGGAUUAAGCCACUACAUUCAUCUAAAGGAUUUAUUGUACAUUUAUGCAUUGCUUUUGAAAACUAAAUACGAAUGUCAUUAUGUUAUUAUUUAACUGUUGUACUGUGAAAGCUUGGGAAUGUAAGAAUGAAAACAAAUGUGUGUUUGAGAGAUAAAUAAAGAGAACAGAAAUAUUU